UGCAAUAUUAUUCAAAAGAGUGCUCAUCAUAUACAGAAAAAAUGAAAACAGCAGCAGUCUGUCUCCUUUUCUUGCUCUCUGUUAUACUGUUCAAGGGUUCCCAUGCAAAGCCAUACGAAUACCUACAGUUUGUCUUGCAAUACCCUAGAGGUUACUGUGUUAACGACAAGAAAUGCAUUCCACCGGCGAGCUUGCCAGCCAAAUUCACGGUUCAUGGAAUUUGGCCCACGAAUAUUUCCGAGCCGAUUAUCAGCUGUGACAAGGCACAGAAACUACACUCGUUCAACGGAAACCUGAUAACUCCGUCGUUGAAAACCGAUCUUCUCCAAUCUUGGCCCAGCGUCGUGACAAAUAAAGAUGAUAUGUCGUUUUGGGAACACGAAUAUAAUAAGCAUGGGUCCUGUACUGCACCAGCUAUCACUCAGACAGCGUAUUUUGAGAGAGCUCACAAGUUCUGGAAGGAGUAUGAUCUCUAUUCCAUUUUGGAACAAAAAAAUAUCAAGCCGGGGCAAUCUCGAUCGUAUUCACUGGCUGAUUUUGAAGCAGCCGUCAAGUCCAAGAUCGGUACCGACACAAAACCUCUCAUCCUUUGUAAGCAGGACAAACUAACUCGUGGGAGCACAACAACCAACUUCAUUUUGAGGGAAAUUGUGAUCUGUUUCGAUCACCAGGGGACAAAUCUGGUCAAUUGUACCCGAUCAACAUAUUGUGACCAGAAGCAGAAGAUAUACUACCCUUAGCUGAUUCUCCCACUUGUCAUCUCUUUUGCUACAUGGUUUCGAUGAGUUUAGUUGGGUCUAGGCCGGGGUUUGAUACCCUAGCAUUAAAAUAAUGUACCAAACUAUCCUCCCUAUGAAUAAAAAUGCAAUCUUACGU